UUGAAACAAGGCUAUAAGAGAAAUCGUCCUCGUCAGGGCGAAUCACAGCGUCUACAGAUCCUCCAGUGGAAUGCUGGUUGGAUGUCACAGGACAAAAAGAUCCAAGUUCAGAAAAUCCUACAAACCUAUGAUUAUAAGGAGACUUCCACUAGAUGGGGCUACAAGGAUACAAACAUAGCUUGUAAGGAAAUUGAAGACAUUCUUAACAGCAACCCUCUGGAACUUAUUUACAGUAAUGAGGAUCCGGUUACAUAUUUGCACUACAAUAGAACCAGAACAACUCCGGACUUACUCCUGUCUUCAAGCGACAUCAGUGAGCAUACACCCCGCAAAAUAAUUGACGAUCCUGGUUCUGGUCACAAACCAGUCGUUGCUAGUAUUACCAUCGGCAGCAAAAGCAUGGCAUGGAAAGUGCCAACUAAGCUAUCAUGGAACUUCAAGAAGACUGACUGGCCUAGAUUAACAAACCUUUUAGACAAUGAACUUCACACAAGUCCCCUCAACUUCAACCAACAUCCUGACAAACUUUGCACUGCUAUCACGAAUAUUAUGAUCAGAUGUGCAAAGAAAACUAUUCCCCGAGGCAAGACCAAACACUAUCGAGUGUCUUGGUCUAAACACCUAGAGAAACGGAAAAUAAAGCGGGACGCCCUUCGCAACACUGCUGAUCAGACUGGAAGAACGACGCCCUUCGCAAAACUGCUGAUCAGACUGGAAGAACUCUGA